AUUAUUUGGGUCUCUCUCUUUCUUUCUCUCUCUCUCACCAAGCUGUCAUGGCCCAUAUCAUUGUCAGAUAAUCACAAUUCAUGAAUGACGCUUCCACCUUCAAAUAUCUGCAAAAGACCUCUUUCUUCUCUCUAAACAAACUCAGUAACCCGCCUGCACUCCUAUCUCUUCUUAUCUUUCUACCUGGCGCUCAUUUAGAACGCUAAAUGGUUGGGCCACUUUAGAAACCGUCAGCCUCCAGUCCAAUCCAGACUAGGCGACCACGGAAUGGAUACGUAUUCCAACUCUUCUUCCUCCUCCAACUCGCCCGAUUCGCUAAACGGGUUGAAAUUCGGCCAGAAAAUCUACUUUGAAGACGUGGGUCUCGCUUUACCCACCAAAUCCGGUGGUGGUGGAGGACUGCGUUCAUCCACCAUGGCAGGCGGAGAUAAGGCUCCAGGGAUGCAACCCAAGAAGGGGAAAAGGGGGAAUGUUCAAAAUGGGCAGCCUCCGAGGUGCCAAGUUGAAGGAUGCAAAGCAGAUCUAACCGAUGUUAAAGCUUACUAUUCCAGACACAGAGUUUGCGGCAUGCAUUCUAAGUCACCUAAGGUCAUUGUUUCAGACCUUGAACAGAGGUUUUGCCAGCAGUGUAGCAGGUUCCAUCUGCUUCCGGAAUUUGAUCAGGGGAAAAGAAGUUGCCGGAGGCGGUUGGCUGGCCAUAAUGAGCGUCGCAGAAAGCCACCACUUGGAUCUCUCUUGUCCUCCCGUUACAAGCGUCUCUCCUCAUCUGUAUUUGAAAAUAGCAGCUUCUUGAUGGACUUCUCUGCAUACCAGAGGGUCUCUUCUGGGAGGAUGUUUGAAAACGAAACCGUGUCUGCUGGUGAUAAGUAUUUUCCACACUUGUGGCAGAGUGAAUCCGAUGAUCUUCUAGAAGGUUCAUCGAGUGGGAACUGCUACUCUGGUUCAGUUAUUCCUUCGGGAGAAUGUUUGUCAUCAUCGAUGGUGUCGGAUUCCAGCUGUGCUCUCUCUCUUCUGUCAAAUCAAACCUCGUGGUGCUCAAGAAACCGGUCUCAGAGCACCAACGGAGGACUGCCCAUGGUUCAGUCAUCGUCGACUGUUCAUGAUACGACCACCAUCAUCGAUCCUUUUUCUGAUACCACCGCGUGGGGGUUCCAAGGCUGCGAUCCCCCGACUGGUCUGAUUCAUGAUGGAAACGGACAGUUUCAGGGGGAACUAGAUCACCAGUUGGCUGCUCAGCAAGGCGGAAGGCAGCAGCAGUUCAUGGAACUGCAGCAACAUUCACUGGCGUAUGAUGGUUCUUCAUCCAACCACCACUUCAAUUGGAUGCUUUGAUUUCAUUCACUGGCUUAGAUGUUUGAAUAACAAUGAACUGCACUUUCCAACUUCUUACCCUUGACUUGGACCCUCCUCCUAACAAGACAGAUCAGUCAUUUGUUUGGUUAAUUCUGUAGAACCUGAGAUUUGAUCAAAAUGUUGUUGUUUUUGUCUCAUUUUGUAUUGUAUUGUAAUGUGAUAUGUUUGUUGUUAGACUUA